AAGGGCGGGGCCCUAAGUCCUUAUCUUCCUCCAGGGUACGCGCCUCUCCGCCUCCAGGGACAACGUGCGGAAGAGCCGGGGAGGGUUCGGGGGCGUGUCCAAACAGCCACCCCCGCCCAGGGUUCGUCCUCCUCCCCAGCCGCCCUGUCAGCUACCCCUCGCUUCUCAGUUCCUGGAGAGGCUGCUGUAGCUGCGGUUGGGGCUCAGAAGGAAGGCGAGUCCCGAGAGGCUAGAGAGCCGCGGCGUUCGGAGUCUCGGCCAGCUGGACAGCAGGCGCCCCACCAAGCGGACAUUGAAUGUUUGUUUGCUGCUCAUGGGUGUGAGCAAGUUAGAUAUUCUAUAUCGGAGACUUCUCCUUACAAAACUUUUUAUCAGAGGAUGGGGAAGGCCAGAGGAUCUCAAAAGACUCUUUGCAUUCAGAAAGAUUAUUGGAAAUCGAGAAAGAUGUCAGAAUCUGGUUUCAAGUGAUUAUCCAAUAUACAUCGAUAAGAUUGAAGAGCAGUCAGACUGUAAGAUCCUAGAUGGACACUUUGUUUCCCCCAUGGCCCACUAUGUGCCUGAUAUCAUGCCAAUUGAAUCUGUUAUUGCAAGAUUCCAAUUUAUUGUGCCUAAAGAAUGGAACAGCAAAUAUAGACCCGUAUGCAUUCAUCUUGCUGGAACAGGAGAUCAUCAUUACUGGAGACGACGAACACUAAUGGCUCGUCCUAUGAUUAAAGAAGCCCGAAUGGCUUCUUUGCUGUUAGAAAACCCUUAUUAUGGCUGCAGGAAACCCAAGGACCAAAUAAGGUCCAGCUUAAAAAACGUGUCUGAUCUUUUUGUGAUGGGAGGAGCUCUUGUUUUAGAAUCUGCAGCUCUCUUGCACUGGCUAGAGAGGGAGGGUUAUGGACCUCUAGGAAUGACCGGAAUAUCCAUGGGAGGACACAUGGCUUCCUUAGCAGUAUCCAACUGGCCUAAGCCCAUGCCAUUGAUUCCAUGUCUGUCUUGGUCCACAGCAUCUGGGGUCUUCACUACGGGCGUGCUAAGUAAAUCGAUUAAUUGGAGGGAGCUAGAAAAGCAGUAUUAUACACAGACAGUUUAUGAAGAAGAAAUUAUUCACAUGCUUGAAUAUUGUGGAACAGAUUCUUUCAAAAUGGGACAAGAGUUCCUGAAACACUUCCCUAGCAGUGCAGACAAGCUAACUAACCUUAACCUGGUUUCUAGAACUUUAAAUUUAGAUAUGGUGGAUGAAGUUGUGUCCCAAAAAGCUGCUGAGUGCCAUAAAUCUAGUAAAACUUCUGUCAGUUCCACAUCAGAAGGACUCUUGUUGCAAGAUACCUCUAGGAUGGGGUGCUUCAAUCAAACACUUUCAACCAACAAAAGUAGUUAUACGCGUUGUAAUCCUCAGUCAUACCACCUACUCAGUAAAGAACAAAGAAGAAACACUCUUCAGAAAGAAUCUUUAAUAUUUAUGAAAGGAGUUAUGGAUGAAUGUACUCAUGUAGCAAAUUUCUCAGUUCCAGUUGACCCAAGCCUCAUCAUAGUGGUUCAAGCCAAAGAAGAUGCCUACAUUCCACGAACAGGAGUUCGAAGUCUACAAGAAAUUUGGCCUGGUUGUGAAAUCCGAUAUCUAGAAGGGGGUCAUAUUAGUGCUUAUCUUUUUAAACAAGGACUCUUCAGGCGCGCCAUCUAUGAUGCAUUUGAACGCUUCCUCCGUAAAUACGCUAACUAACGGGAUCACUGUAUGUAACCAGUGCAGCCAUCAUGUUUCUUACGAAAGGAGUUUGAUCCUUUGAUGAUGUGAAGAACAAGCAGACAGCACUAUAUAUCUAAUUGCUGUCAAUCUAGUCUGGAAUUCAGUGUUACAGAUCAGUCAACUAUAAUCUUUAAAUACAUUUGAAUAAUUGUAAACCAAUAUUUGGAUGAAAUAAUGCUGAACUAUUUUGUACUAUUUGUGGGAAUCCCAUAAAAUCAAUAUCUAGUCUGUUGUUACUAUUUAUGUAAACUUUAACUUUUUAAUUAUGAAUAAUUUAUUAAUUUAAAAUAAAUGUAUUCAUAGAAACCCUGUUGGUUUUUAAAGAACUGCUAAAUCAAACUUAGUUUGUAAUAU